GCUGGGUUUGUAUCUGCUUAAUGCGCCGUGAGAUCCCACGUAUCUUCGGCGGGAUAAAGCGGUUGAGGCUUGCUUGUGUUUUUCCUAUCACUCCCGCUUCGCCUGCUGGAAUUUCCUGCAUCCUUUCCAAGUCCGCGGAUCUUGGUGUGUGAACUAUGGCUCGUCAGACUGAAGUGGUGUUGCCUCUUCUUCUUCUGGCCAUGGCAGGGACAGCCUACGCAUCAGAACAUCAAGCUAACAGCAAAUGUCCAACUGGCUGGGUGAAGUAUGACAGACGUUGCUUCUUUUAUCAGGCCAGCAUGGACUGGGCUUCUGCUGAGAAACGUUGUAUGAAUCUUGGUGGACACUUAACCUCAAUUCACAGUGAAAGUGAAUACCAGAAUAUUAAGUCAUUUAUUCGUACUCAUGACCUCCAGGAGAAUCCAACAUGGAUCGGUCUAAGUGGCUGUCAAAAGAAAUACAACUGGUUUUGGUCUGAUGGCUCCAGAUUCACUUUCACCAAGUGGAGUCCAUAUGAACCAAAUAAUUUUUUUGGAGAAUGCUGUGUUAUUAUGAACUGGAGUGGCACAAAGAAGUGGAAUGAUGUUCCGUGUUAUUACAGCUAUCCCUUUGUGUGUGCCAAGAGUAUUUAACUAAAAUGUCCCCAGACACACCACACAAACUAUAAUACAAUGCUGUAAUUUUCUUUGUCACUAAUUAAUUACCAUUAAAAAAAAAAAAAAAAAAUAUAUAUAU